ACAGGACUCUCAGCGCUCGCGUGUGGACUACACAGGUGAUCGGCUGUACUCUGACGCACACGGCAAUAUGAUUGGGCCUCAGCGCCCGCGCAUGGCGCACCAACACAACAGCAACACACGCGGUGAUCAACUGGUCAGUGUCAAUGGCAACCUCACCGCACUCUUCCCUCUGGACAUAUCCGCACCCCCCGAGCCCAGCCCAUUCAACGCUCUGGUUGCAGGUACUGUUAGGUUUAAGGUUUAA